UCUUUUAGUGGGGUAAAGCCAUAGAAUUGCAGUCACUCACAUUCUCUCUCAUCACCUUACACUCACAACACAACACUACACACCAAAAGAUAUACAUUACAUACAUACACAUACACCCUCUGUAUUGACAUUCACAUGUAAAUUGUUUUUCUGGGUCACCGGAAAUUUCAUAAAAAAAUUGAAUCUUUUUAACUUUCUUUAACCCCCCAAAACCGGAAACACACAAUUUUCCCCUUUUUGCCAUCACGUUCAACUCGCCGGUCCACACAAUGCCUGGUGGCAUGCUUUGUGCUAGCAGUUAUGCUGUCAAUAUGUUUCCUUGUGGCCUAUAAAUUUGUGGGUUCUGUUUGGAAUUCAAGAAAGACUCAGUCUUGAUUAAGGAAAUGGCGGCGCCUGCUCUUGAUAGGAAUGAAGCAGAGGAAGCCGGUCACAUUAUAUCAACCUCAGUCGGAGGCCGAAAUGGAGAACCGAAAGUGACUCUUAGUUACAUGGCAGAGCGCGUUGUAGGGACCGGAUCGUUUGGAACUGUUUUUCAGGCAAAAUGCUUAGAAACCGGAGAAACCGUUGCUAUCAAAAAAGUUUUGCAAGACAAAAGAUAUAAGAACCGUGAAUUGCACAUGAUGCGCAUGAUGGACCACCCGAACGUUGUUAAUUUAAAACAGUGUUUCUUUUCAAGUACGAGCACAGACGAUCUUUUUCUAAACCUAGUAAUGGAUUAUGUCCCGAAUACGAUUCAUCAAGUUCUAGAUCAUUAUAAUGAUCUACACAUGUGUAUGCCCCUCAUUUAUGUGAAAUUGUACACAUAUCAAAUCUUUAGGGGGCUCGCGUAUAUGCAUACGGUUGCUGGAGUAUGCCACCGGGACUUGAAACCUCAAAACGUUUUGGUUGACCCUUUGACUCACCAAGUCAAGAUUUGUGAUUUUGGAAGCGCGAAAAUGCUAGUGACUGGAGAACAGAAUGUAUCUUACAUAUGUUCACGGUUCUACCGUGCACCGGAACUCAUUUUCGGUGCUACUGAAUACACAACCGCGAUUGAUGUCUGGUCCGCUGGCUGCAUUCUCGCCGAACUUCUCUUGGGACAGCCGCUGUUUCCGGGAGAAAAUGCCGUCGACCAGCUGGUGGAAAUCAUCAAGGUAUUGGGUACGCCAACUCGAGAAGAAAUUCGUUGUAUGAAUCCGAACUACAACGAUUUCAGGUUUCCUCAAAUGAAGGGUUUUCCGUGGCAUAAGGUUUUUCCUAAGCGGAUGCCUGCUGAAGCUGUUGAUCUUGCUUCUCGUCUCCUGCAAUACUCUCCAAGUCUUCGCUCCAAUGCUCUCGAAGCAAUGGCACAUCCGUUCUUUGAUGAGAUACGCCAACCUAAUGUUUACUUACCGGACGGUCGACCAUUACCUCCUCUCUUUGACUUCAAACAAGAGUUAUCAGGAGCAUCGAUGGAGCUUGUCAACAGGUUGAUUCCGGAUCAUGUGAAGAAGCAAAUGAAUGUUGAGUUUGUGCAGCCGGCUGUGGGUCAUUGAGCGUAAGGUGGAUUGUCUUGUGUGUUUGGUCUUUUAAUUGUUUGUGCAACGGGACGGAAAGUUGGUUAUGUAUAUGCUUUUUGUUUCUGCAAGUUGUAAGUUUGUUUAUUGUGUUAUCUGGAUUUAUAAUUUAAGUAUAUGGAGGGGGAAGGUGGAGUCGAGUGGCUCGGGGUUUUUGUUGUU